UUGCAGACAUUUUGUCUGCGAGCAAUUUGGUUCACAAAAAGGUGUGUGAGUAACAGUUUUGUUUUUGUUUGCAGACUACUUCAGAUGAGAAACAUGACCCCGUGGCCAUCUUUCCAGCACAAAGACAGAUGUGGCCAUCUUUUCUGAAAUCGUGGAACCAAUUAAGUUCAUGAACCGAGGUGAAUUGAUGUGUGCAAAAUCCUGGUUAUUUUGCCGAUGUCUCCACAGAACAUUGCUUCCUGUUUAAGUUACAGAUAACAUCAAGAGUUUUCAGAGCAAAAGAAACUGGGAUUUUUAAAAUUACAUCAUGCCAUGUGAACUGAACAAAUUACUUUGUGAUGAAAAAGAAACUGCUUUCAAAAUAGCAUGUAACAUGAAAAAUCUGAUAGUUGAUACUAUGAGGUCAGUACCUAAACUAAAAAUGUCACAAAGUAGUUUUCAUUAUAAACUUAAAGAUGUGAAAAUUGACUUGCCGAAGGUAAAUAUUCCAAAUGAAGUCCUAAUGAAACACGAAAUUAACAAAUAUAGAAAAUUAUUUUGUAGCAAGCCGCAGACUGCAAGAAAAUCUGUCGGUAUAAAGAAGACAGGCUGUGGAGAAGAGUGUAUAUUGCUUCAAAAGUCUGAGAGAACAGAAGAAGAGGGUAUAAAAAUGUCUGCAAAAAUACUCAAUUUCAGCUGUUUAAAAUGUGGAGAUAGCACUCGUUAUAGCCCAAACGAUUUGCAGAAACACUUUGAAAUGUGGCACCAUGGUGAAUUGCCUUCAUAUCCUUGUGAAAUGUGCAGUUUUUCAGCAAAUGACUUCCAGAUAUUUAAACAACACCGCCAAACCCACAGAAGCACUUUAGUAAAAUGUGACAUUUGUAACAGUGAGUGUGUAUAUACUUUAUUGGACUUGACAAAGCAUUUCAUAUCCACACACUGUGUUAAUGGUAAUUUCCAGUGUGAAAAGUGCAUAUUCUCCACCCAGGAUGUUGGCACGUUCGUUCAGCACAUUCACAGACACAAUGAAAUUCAUUACAAAUGUGGUAAGUGCCAUCAUAUAUGUUUUACCAAAGGAGAGCUUCAGAAGCACCUUCAUGUUCAUUCUGGUGCCCUUCCUUUCACUUGUCAAUAUUGUAAUUACAGUACCACCAGGAAAGACCAAUUUGUAAGACAUGUUAUAACUUUGCAUAAAGAACACUUAUACGCAAAAGAAAAACUGGAGAAAGAGAAAUGUGAAAAGAAGAUGGCAAAGACUUCAGCAGGACUUAAGCUAAUUCUGAAAAGAUACAAAAUAGGUGCAUCAAGGAAGGCAUUCUGGAUUCGUAAGAAAGUUAACAGUGGAAGUGACAGCAGUAUCGAGAAAAACACUCAAGUGCUUAAUUUAAUAAGCAAUACGGAAAUUAAAUCUGAAGAUCAGAACCAUCCCGGUCAAGAGCUUUUAAAUGAAGACAAAAGUGAAAGACUGCAUUGUGAGAAUAGUGAUACACCCACAGAGUCAGAAUCCAAAAAGCCAACCUUUUUGGACAGUGGACAAUAUAAUAGGGCUGAUGAGGGAUCAAAUUCUACUUCAGAUUUCCUGAAGACUGCUCUACAAGGACCUACAGUGUUAAUGGUGAAAAAUAACAAAAUAACAAUUCCAGCUAACUACAGUGCUAAGUUUAUGGGCCUCAGGAUGCUAGAUGGAAAACAACAUAUUGUGAUAAAAUUGUUGCCUACCAAUAAGCAGAACUUACAUUUACCGGCCUCACAGUCAGAUGCUGCAAAGGACAGCACUGCUAAUUUGCAGCCUCCGACUUUGGAUACCACUGGAUUUUUAACAGGAGUGACAACUGAGUUAAGUGACACAGUGUAUAUGAAAACAGCUCCAUUUUCAUGUUCAUCUCCUACACUUUCAGGGAAAAUAAUUUCAGAGAAAGAAGUGGCUUUGAUACCUGAAAGGAAUAGUAUGCUUCAAACAGUGGAUUUCAAUAAAAGUGUGCCAUCUUUGCCAGCACCAUCAGAAUUAGGUACCGCGUCAGAGAGUUUGACCACAAAAGUUGAAGCAAGGGAUAUUGUUGACUUGUGGGGAAAUCAUAUCACUCAGCAUCAUCCUGAGGUAUCAAACACCGUCAGUAAAAGUCCCAGUAAAAUCAAGCAUUCUGACAAACCAAGCGUAUACAGCAGUGGAGAUAUGCAUAACUAUUGCAUUAAUUAUGUCAGCUCUGAGCUACCUGCUGACUCCUCCAGCCAAGGAUCAUUACCUUUUCAUAACUACUCCAAAGUGAACAACUCUAAUAAACGUCGUAGGCUUUCCGGAACAGCACUGUGUGAAAGCUUUCAGAGAGACUCUUCAUCCAGCAAAACAGUUGCUCAACAACCCGUAAGUGAGACGGAAUCCAUAGUGAGGAAGGAGAGCUCAAACCCAGAUAGCCUGUUGGCAUCUGUCAGCCUUUCAAAUGAUAAAGGUGGAGCUUUGAAAAUGAAAGCUGAAUUGGAAGAGCGGUGUGUUUUAGAAAGAGGACAAAAUACUGAUGGUCAGAACCUCUACACUAAUGAAAACCAAAAUUUAGAGAGUGGGAAUGAAAAACCAGAAUGGAAUGACUUUUCUAAUGUUGAUUCCCUUAUGAUGCCUAGAAUCACAUCUGUUUUCUCUCUACAGAGCCAACAGGCAUCAGAAAUUUUGCCACCUGAAAUAAAUCGAUUACUUCAGGAGGAAUUAAAACCAAAAUAUGAUGUAAAACAGGACUCUAAAGUUCCACAUAAAAGCCUAACAUUUCAUUGUGACCAGUCACUUCAGAAACUUGAGGGAGAAGGAACAGUAGUUGAAUCUUCAAAAGACAUCAAACUAGAAAGUGUCUUCCCAGUUCCUUCUGGCAAUGCUGGUGUUGGUAUCCUUACAAAUGGUCUAAAUUUAAAGUGUAAUGGAAAAGAUAAACAAGUGCUAUCGGUUUCACAGGACGUGAGAGAUGCAGAGAAGACACCUAGAAUUUCAGGUAUUAGCACAUUACUUAAGACUCAGUCAGAUGCAAUAAUAACGCAGCAGCUUGUAAAGGACAAACUACGAGCCACUACACAAAAUUCAGGUACUUUAUAUAUGCCGAACCCACUUAUGAACUCAGAACCGAAGAAAACUGUAUUUGUUCAAACACCAAAAGGUUUUUUUAUACCCUUGCAUGUCGCUAAGCAGCCUGGAUUCCAUGUUGUUUCAGGAAGA